CGUCCCGGCGAGCAGCAGCAGCAGCAGUGGUAGCAGCCGCCAGCGGUCCUCCGGUCCUCCAACGAUGCUCCGGUGGCGCGUCAUGGUCGCAGCGGCGGCCCUCGCCCUCGCCCACUCCGACAGCGCGCAAGGGGCGGGCUGCCGGUUCCCCGGCGCACCGGCGCACUCGUCGGUCUUCUUCUCGGACGCGGCGCUGAGCGCCGGCACCGUCGCCACCUACUCGUGCGAGCGCGGCUUCGAGCUGCUCGGCCCCGCGCGGCGCGUCUGCAGCGAGGCCGGCGCCUGGCAGCCCGAGGGCAUCCCCUUCUGCGUUCUGAACGUAGCAGCGGGUAAGGCACCCAUGCAGAGCACCACUGAGAGCAGUACCAGUGGUGGUGGUGUGCCACAAAAGGCAGUGGAUGGCAGCACAAGUGCUUUCUUCACUGCUGACACGUGCACACUGACCAAACCUGAACGAGCUCCCUGGUGGUAUGUCAACCUUCUGGAGCCCUACAUGGUCCAGCUGGUUCGCCUCGAUUUUGGCAGGGCUUGUUGUGGAAAGAAUCAAGCAGCUACAAUUGUAGUACGAGUGGGAAACAAUCGUCCAGAUCUUGGAACAAACCCUAUCUGCAACCGCUUCACCGGACCACUGGAAGAGGGCAAACCACUGUUCCUUCCCUGUAAUCCACCAAUGCCAGGUGCUUUUGUUAGUGUGCAUUUGGAAGGAUCAGUGCCAAGUCAACUGUCAAUAUGUGAGGCAUUUGUAUACACUGACCAGGCACUUCCUUUCGAACGAUGUCCUCAGUUCCGUGACCAGCCACCAGGUAGCACAGCUACGUACAAUGGAAAGUGUUACAUUUUCUACAACAGACAACCUUUAAAUUUCCGUGAUGCCCUUGGAUUCUGUCGUAGUCGUGGUGGAACCCUAGUGGAUGAGAGCAAUCCAGCUCUUCAAGGAUUUAUAAGUUGGGAACUUUGGAGGAGGCACAGGAGUGAUGUCAAUAGUCAGUACUGGAUGGGUGCUGUGCGUGAUCCGAAGGACAGAAACAACUGGAAGUGGCUUGAUGGUGAUGAUGUGACAGUCUCAUUUUGGAACUUGCCAGGAGGAAAUGAAGACUGUGCACGAUAUGAUGGCUCAAAAGGAUGGCUGUGGUCUGAUACUAACUGUCAAGCCAAACUUAACUAUAUUUGCCAACACCAACCCAAGGCCUGUGGGCGUCCAGAGCAGCCACCAAAUUCAACUAUGAUUGCAAAGAACUUCAAUGUUGGAUCAAUUGUCGAAUAUCAAUGUGAUCCUGGUCAUCUGCUGGUUGGGCCAUCAACACGCACAUGUCUUACAACAGGUUUCUACAAUGAAUUUCCACCAGUGUGCAAACGUAUUGAAUGUGGCUUCCCAGCAGAUAUAGCCAACGGUCGUUAUCAGCUGCUUAACAGAACUGUUACAUAUUUGAGUCAAGUUGAAUAUUCUUGUGAUGAUGGCCACGAAAUGAUUGGUCGAGCUUUGCUUACAUGUGAUGUUGAUGAACGAUGGAAUGGACCUCCACCAUUCUGCCAAGCUAUUGAGUGUGAAGAACCACCUUCAAUAGAAAAUGGACACUACUCUCUCAGCAACAAUGCUACCAUUGUAGGGACAGUGGUAGAAUAUCGCUGCAUGUCACAACAUUUUAAACUUGUUGGACCCAAGCAGAUUCAAUGCAUGUCCAAUGGCCUAUAUGAUCAACCACCUCCAGUAUGCAAAGAAGAAGUGAAGCCAACAAAUGCAGUACCUCCAACAAGAGCAACAAAACCACCAGCAAGGACAAGAAAUCCAGCAAAUGUUGCUCCAACGGCUCGUCCAACUAUUUAUGGACCAACUGUUAUCAGUCCUGUAAGCAGAACAACAGCAGCUGCUAUAUCUACUAGUGGCUAUGAGGUUAACUUGGCCAACACUCCUCAGCCUGAUGCUUCACGCCCACAGGACAAUGAAGUUCCAGACAGUGUAAAUAUCAAGAGCAGCUUGCCAGAUGCUGACAUUGCCCAUUCUGUAAUUGAGGAGAAACGUGAAACAGUGGGAGCCAGACUUAACCUUGGUGCCAUAAUAGCCCUUGGUGUAUUUGGUGGUUUUGUAUUUUUAGCAGCAGUUGUUACUACCAUAGUCAUCCUUGUAAGAAGGAGCCACAGUACUAAACAUUAUCGACAUAGAGCCUCACCUGAUUGCAACACAGUAGCAUCAUUUGACUCGUCAGGCUCAGAGAGUCGUGGUGGGCUCAAUCGUUACUAUCGCCAAGCGUGGGAAAAUCUGCAUCAAACAGCAGCUGGGCACGAUCCACUGAGGCGCAAAGAAACAUUGGACGAGCCAACUGGUUACCGGGAAGGUCUACGUGAUGGCAGUGAACUAGUUGUAACUGAUGUGGCUCCAAAACCUUCAGCCGUAGCUGCUGCAGCUGCUGAGAAGAGACGACAUCACCACCAUCACCACCACCACAGGCCACGGUACUGAGCCUAUCAUCCUGGCACAGGGAGCCUCUUCAGUGGAGCUCCUAGCUGCCAUGCUCAAUCAGUAUAUUUUGCAAUAGAAGAUUUACCAUUUUCUUCUGUUACAAAUGUGUGGAUGCACUGAUAUAAGCAUCUGUAAACAUUUCUGCUGAACUGGAGGAGAAUCAUCUUCAUAUCAGCUACUUGCUCUUAUGUCCCAGUCACAUAACUGACUACAGCAGUAGCUGAAGUGACAACGUUCCAAGUAAAUACAUCCACUGGAGUGGUUUCCACCUUUUGAUCUACAUGUAUUUACUGUUACGCAGUAAUAUUUUUCAAACAGGUAGUUUUAUGUCUGAGAAAGCUUAAUGCACAAAUCAAGAGAAAAUUAAUUUAUUUGGAGUGUUUGGUAAAGUCCUCUCUUCUACACAACUGCUUUAUUAUAAUAAACUGAUUUAUGUAUUAUAAACAAAGUUAAGUCAAACUUAACAAUAUUGAGUCUCACGUGCUAGCUGGUGAAACUGUACAGUAUUAUCGAGAUCACUGAAUACCUUUAGAUGUCUAUUAUAUCUGUGUGAAGAUGCACAAGUGAAAAAGUGAAUAUAAACGUAGUAUAUAAACAGAGGACUCCUGACUUAAAGUUUACCAGACCUAGGUAGAAAGAAAUGUAUUUUAUUUUUGUUGAUUAAUCCAAAUGUUAUUUACUUCUGAAUAGACUGUGUUACCUUGUAUAGUACUGCUUUAUAAUUCAUCUGUAAAAUGUGAUAUGUUCACGAACACAUGUCAGCUGUGUUUUGUUCUUGAUCACACAAAUCCUACACCAAGGCAGAAACUAUGUAACAAUAUGAAGCCUUGAGCUUUCUCCUCUAAGUGAAUAUGUUUUUUGUCUUUGCCAUUUCUGCAUGCAAAAUGAAUUUGUACCCAAAACUUUAUUUAUGUGCCAGAGCUAACAGCAUAUAAAAUGUAACAUUACUUUUACCAACAGAAAUAAUUUUGACAAUUACGAUGAACUCUUCUUGUGUCAGUAUAGUCUUCUUAUGAAACUGAGUUAAUUUAUAGAAUAUACCUGGAAAUGUGUGUACAUUGUGCUCCUUAUAAUUUUGGGAACACAAGUAGCAGUACUGAUAACACACCAUAUUUCCUUUCAGACUGCAUUUAACGCACUGUGUGCAGAAAACUCACUUUUGGUAACAUUAAGUUAGUACCACAAACACAUUUUGUAUUAUUCUUAAAAUACUAUUAUGGAUCACAGUGCUAUCUUAAUUAGCAUCUCCCCCCUUGUGAAACCACUUUCUACUGUCAUUUAAGCAUCACACAGACAAUGCAGAAUUAAGUACACUUCACAAUAGGAAAGAAUACGACACAGUAUUAUUGUUAAAUGUAACUCAGAUGCUAUUACUGUUAGCUAUGACAAUGUGCCAUCCAAAAUCUGUGUGCAUAUUAACCAAAAGUAAACUCAACUGGAUAUCAAUUUCCUAUAGUACAAUGAUACAAAACUUUUUCUAUUAAUGAUUCCCUUGGCCUUUCCUUGUAAUGUUUACAACUAGUUCAUAACUAAAAAUUAAGGAAUGGCCGACGAGACUCAUAACUGUUUCCCAUGAGUUGUUUUUAUGGAUGCAGCUUUAUGGCUAAUAUGGUUUGUAGAGAAGCUGGUAUGAGACUACUAUUAAAAGAUUGACCACUUGUGAUUUAUCAAUGCCUGUUACAAGAUCCAUACUAUAAAUAUACUGUAUCAAGUGUUUAUAUGCUGAAAUAUAUUACCAGGUCUUUAUAAGAUGAUCCAGUGCAAUUCAUGUAGUUCAUUCCAUUUUGUGUAACUUUAUGGUUUCAAUCAAUACAUUACUGAUGUAGCUUCAAAUGAGGACUGGUUUCAUAAACUGUUGAAAUAUGAGCACAAAAUAUACUAGUACAUACCAUUUGUUCAUCUACGAUCUUUUCUUAUGUGCUGUGAACCAAAUAUUUUUAAUGAUCUCUGAAAAUCUGGUUUCCACAAACUUUUUUACCGUAAUUAUUCUAUGGUCAAAACUUAAGUCUUCCUUUUUAAGCACCAACAAACAAAAUGAACACAAAGCAUCAUUUUAAAGAUUUUUUUUUACUUUAUUGUACAGUAUUCAAUUGUUUCUUGUACAUUAUAAUCCACUGGUAUGAUACAGACCAUAAAGCAUUACUAAGUGAAAAUAGUUCUUUCAAAAAUACUUAAUCCUGUUGGUAGUUGUAUUUAUCAUCUUAACUGUCAAAACUUUAUUAUAAAUUAUUUGUAUCUCUCAUGAAUUCAAAUAGAAUUAUGUAUAAAAUAGUCAAAUAUUAAAAUAAAUGAGUACUUAUUAGAAGCACAAGUGUAUGCCAACACC